AUGGCACCGGCGUCGCCUUUGCCCGCCCAGCCACAGGUCCCGCCGGUGAUCUGGCCAGUCCAUAUUGAAGUACGCGUGUCACCCUCUGCUACGUCGCGAUUCGACACAAUACGAAACGCCGUCCACACGUACUUGACGUUGUCCCUCUCGCAUAUAUACCUUCCGUCAACGAUACAAGGGUGGGAGGAGGUCCCACUACUUGCAGCGUCUGUCACGCAUAUCUCCGCCGCUGAAUCGUCAUGCCCAUCUUCGUCGUUGCCAAUUGAGGAGACUGCUCUGCAAAUUCACGUCUACCAGCCGUCUGAUGCCGACGCGUUCGAGGAACUUGCGAGUGGGGGUGGGCGAGGAGAAGGGGAAGAGGUCAUGGCUGCAAGUGUCUGCGAACUGCCCAGUCUGGCAUGGGAGGGCUUGUGGGAGAGCUUGAUCUACUCAGACGACAUCAAGUCGAGGCUGCUGGAUUACAUCUACGCCACAGUAGUGUUCAGUGAUGCGGACGUCGACUUCAACGUCGUCUCUUGGAAUCGUGUUGUUCUGUUGCAUGGGCCACCGGGGACGGGCAAGACCUCCCUGUGCCGCGCCCUCGCGCAGAAGCUGUCUAUCCGUCUGUCCCAUCGCUAUGCACAUGCACGACUACUAGAAAUCAACUCGCAUUCAUUGUUUUCGCGGUGGUUCUCUGAAUCCGGAAAACUUGUACAAAGGCUUUUCAGCAAUGUCAUGGACAUGGUAGAGGAUGAAGAGACCUUUGUUAUUGUGCUCAUUGAUGAAGUGGAAUCAUUGACCGCUGCUCGAGCAGGCGCAAUGGCUGGGACAGAGCCCUCCGACGCACUUCGAGUCGUCAAUGCACUGCUGACACAACUAGACAAGCUCAAGCACAAGAAGAACGUGCUCGUGAUGUCGACAAGUAACUUGGCAAAGGCAAUAGACUCGGCAUUCGUGGACCGUGCAGAUAUCGUACAAUAUGUUGACCUUCCGCCAAGAGAAGCUGUCUAUGAGAUCCUGCGAACCUGUCUGGCAGAGCUCAUCAAGAAAGGAAUAGUAGCGAAUGUGGAUGUGCCGAGCCUUGCGCAGGCGCAACUGUACGAGCGGACGUCAAGCUUUUCAACUCCAGUUGCGCUUCCUACCCCCACAUCCCCGACAGUACUGUUUGACAGUCAAUCACCCUCCCAAGGGUCACAACACGCCACGCCACAUACUCCUGGAUCGUCCAUCAAUGGGCACGCGCAUAAUUAUGAUGCACGCGAGCGGUCAAAGCAAGUGGCUCUGAGACUUCUCGCUCUUUCCGAGAAAUGCCGGAGUCAAGGAAUGUCUGGUCGCUCCCUCAGGCGCCUCCCGGUCUUGGCCCAUGCUCGAUAUAUUGGAACGCUGCCCAUGCUCGCUGCGAGGACCCCUGCGAGUACACGAGGAAUUGCGGGUAAGGCGAAAGGGAAGACUGUUGCGACAGAGGGCGGUGUACCCUCCACCCAAAUUGAACGCAUGGAAGAAGGACCUGAGGGUCUCCAGUUCCAAUCUUUCCUGGGAUCGGACUCUCAUCCUACAAACGAAGGCAAUGGAAUGGGGACAAAUGCCGCCCGAGGAUAUAUUCCUGACCGCGGUGCAGCAGACAAAAUGGGCUUCUUCACGCUCGAAUACUUUCAGCGCUACUUCGAUGUUGAUACCAUGACCGUCAUGCGACGGUGUUACAUGACGAUGUACCCGCCGUCUGCACAUUUAUACCUCGCCACGCACCUCUCACCCGCCGCCGAUCUCUAUGGGCCCUUUUGGACUCUCACCACACUCAUAUUCUCACUCUUCGUAUGCUCUUCUCUUGCCGCCGCCAUUGCGGCCUGGCUGUCGCAUCCGGAGGCCGCCGCGUCGAUUGUCUAUGACUUCGAGUUGAUAUUCACAGCUGUGAUGCUCGUGUACUCGUACGGGAUCACGCUGCCGGUGCUUGUGUGGUUUGCACUGAGGUAUCUGGGAGUUGGUGAGUGGGGCAUGGUCGAGGCAGUCGCCAUUUGGGGUUAUGGUCAGUUCGUGUGGAUCCCGACUGCUUUACUGUGCGUCAUUCCCGUCCCCGUCGUGCGGUGGGUGCUCGUUGGUCUGGCCUUCCUACUUUCUGGAUACUUCUUGGUUGCCAACGUGUAUCCCAUCCUUGCGACUGCUGACGCAAAACCUGUCCGUCUUGUCAUCAUUCUCCUGGUCAUUUUCCAUGCCGCUCUUGCCCUCAGCUUCAAGAUACUAUUCUUUAGCUUCUACGUUGUGAAGGAGAUUGGUCCGACAGACCCGGUUCCUUGACUGGAAGGUAUUAACUAUGUCGAUGUAGCAUGAUUUCAUAUAUUAUUUUAUGCGUGUGUCCCUUGAUCAA